UGGAAGCAGGUGUCCACACUGCUGAGGCUGUCAGCGGCCCUUACAAACCCAACAAGAAAAACAAGUUGUUGAUAAUAAUUGUAGUGAGAUCCAGCAUCUGCCUUGUUAAUUAUGGCCAACACUAUUUAUCUGAAGCCUGACCACAAGCUUCUUAAUCCCAACUUUGAUGGCUAUAAAUUAUCUUCUGAUGCUGACGUGACUGUGUAUUCUAAAACACUUAAUAAAGAUGGAGUUGAGAGGAAGAUAAGUUACUCAAAUAGUUACCUACAUACAAGAUUAGAAGCCCUUCACAAUCACUUCUUCGGAGACCCUUUUCACCCAAUGUCUGUUUACUACUUCAGUAGUAGGGGCCAUCUAGUGAAGUGUAAUUAUUCAGAAGACUCAAGAUUAAGUGUGGGAGAAGUUGUUUGGCAAACAGAUUUGAAUAAGAACCAUGAGGAAGAUAAUGAAGAAAAUGAGGGCUCCAGUGGUCACUAUCAUGCAAGUGUACAUUUUCCAUCCUCCGAGAUGGCUGUAGUAAACAAUGGGCAAGGAAGUCUGCACAUCUUGGAGACAGGGGACCGAAAAGUCACCCAGAGCUGGCUGUUAAGCUUUGAGUGCAGUACAGAAAAGGGUGUGAUAGCCCACACCUGCCUCAAGAGUGGGAAUGAUUACAAACGAUACCUACAUUGUCUCUUUGUUGCUGUUACAACUCCACACAGUUUGAUCAACAACCCUGAGUAUGUUGUUGGUGAAAAACUUGCAUCAUUACCAAAGGAUUCAGCUCUGCAUCUCAUUCAUUGGCUUACUGUUGUAUACAAUGGUACUACAUGGGAAAUACACCGCAUUAGAAGUGUUGCAGGAGAGGGAACCAUAGAAUACUGUUCACUGGAUGAAAAGGCAGAAGGACUGCUCAUUUUAUGUCAUAAGAAAUAUUCAUUUGUGGCCGAUUCAUCACAACCUUUAAAAAUUCCAGAGCUCCAUGCAGAAGAGAAAAUAUCAAGGUUUACAUAUGUGGAAAAUGAUGUUUAUAUACAGGUACAGUUCUAA